GACUUCGGUUCCUCGGCCCACCCUGCAGAAUUCGACUCAUCUCAGCUUCUCCUCUUCCUCGUCGGCGCAUGGCGCCGCCGCCGCCGCCGCCGAUAGACGCGCCUCUGCGGCUGCCGCCUCUCCCGGCGGACACCAUCUUGGAGAUCUUGUCCCGCGUGGGCGACGCUACCGCCGUCGUCCGCUGCGCAGCCACCUGCAAAGCAUGGCGCCGCCUCAUCCUGGAACCGUCCUUCCUCUCCCGCCGUCGCGCCGGGCGCUCCGACCCCUCCCCUCUCCUCGGCUUCUUCUUCCUGGACACAUCCCAGAAGCUGCCCCGUCGCCGCCUCUACCUCCGCCGCCCCACGCGCUUCCUCCCCCUCGGCCCCUCUCAGUCGCAGGCAACCGCCCUCCCCCUGUCCCACUUCUUGCCGAAGCCGGACGCGGCCGGCCUCAGCGGGUUCGCCCCCGUCGCGUCAGGCGCCGGCGGGCUCCUUGCCCUCCGCCGUUCCCCGGCCAGCUCGUGCGACCCCGUCAGGAUCUGCGUCUGCGACCCCGUGGCAGGGACCUCCACCUUCCUCCCCCCUCUCCCGCCCACAACAUCCCCCGAGAACAUCGUCUUUCUCGACGCCGACGGCUCCUCGUUCCGCCUGCUUGCGGUGAUGAACCGACCAAUGGGGAUCCGCCUGCGCGUCUUCUCCUCCCAGACCGGGCAGUGGGGCACGGCUGUGACGGCCCCACUUCCUGAUAACAUGGUGAUCCACCUCUGCUCCCCUGCCGUCGUCCACCGUGGUGCCGCCCACUGGAUAUGCGGCACCCGUGCCCUCCCGAAUGCGGUGCACGCACUGGCCGUUCGCCCCGGCCAGGCCGAUGUCUCGGUGUGCCGAUUCGACCUUCCGCUGCGCGCAGGCAUUCACCGCCUGAACCACGCCGCAGAAGCCGUUCGCCUGUUCAGUUCAGCUCAGGGGUGUCUCUCCUUGGUUCUUCUGGAUGAACCUGUGAUCUCCGUCUGGAACUUCAAAGACAAUGGCGCUGAUGGCAGGCCCUGGGAGCUUCACAAGACGGUACAUCUGCCGUCGGUGUUGCCGUCGACAAUCUCUGAUCCUUCUGCAGGGUGGAGGCUCUCUGUCGUAGCAUCGUGCGAUCAGAGUGGCUCCUUGUUCUUGCGUGCUGUGGGCGAGGGCGGCCUUUUUGUGCUCAACCUGGAGACGGAGGUGAUGUCGAGGGUACGCAACGACCACUGCGCCAAGUUCCUGUGCCCGUAUGUGGCGAAUCUGAGUUCUUGCCUGGGAGCCAUGAAGAAUUUCUGAUGUUGGACUCAAAAUUCAGGUUUCUGAACACACUAGCUUAAUGCAUAUUAAGAGAUGAGUAUUCAGUUCUGUUUCGAUGUAUUCUACAGGUUUACUCUUAUCUGUGAUGUAUCACCUGUUUAUUUUCACAUCUGGAGGCUUCAUACUGAUUUAAGUUUCAGUUUAUUGUAUGCGGCUUGCUUAUUGUAGUCUUCAUUUCUAAUAAUCAGUGUCCUCUACUGCUAAACUUGAAUUUGGAUAUGAUUACAGUUUGUAUGUCCAGUGGGGUUCUAUAAUGUGAAACUGAAAGAAACAGGAUUAAAUUGCGCUU